AACUUUUGUGUAUCAGUAAAAUGUAGUUUUCCGGUCUUUGACCUAUGCACAAAUGACGUCAAUUUUGACAGUGUUCCGCCACUUCGAUUUUCAUGGACUUUUGGUAUGUUAAAUGGGAAGGUUUCAUGAGCUGAAUACAACAAAAAUCAUUGCUGUUGCAAUUGUCCUGAGUUGGGUGAAAUUUUUUCACAGAUUGCCUAGUCUAUUAUUGUUAUAAUGAAGAUAGCAGUUCGACAAUGCAAAUAGAAACAAGUGGAUUUAGCGCUGGAAAAAAACCAGACCAGAAUAGGAACGCCCCGAUUGACACACCCUUUCGUGUCUACGCAGUCUCAGCUGACCAAUCGUAACUUGUUAUUAAAACCCCUGGCUUAGCACACUCAUUCAAAGUCACAUGAGCGAAAAAGAAUGCCAAGACCGCGGUCGCCAGCUACCCAGCAUCUUCUCUGUUCGUGAGAUCUUAGGGGGAAGUUCACGUGGCUUGCGGUCUGUCUUCUUUUAGCUUGCAUACAGUAGCGGGAAACGGUCCACAGUCUGGCCUGGUGUAUUUCCGUUAGCCUACGAACUAUUUUGAAUGAAAAAGAAGUUUGAUGUGACGAUUAUGCAGCUAGGUGGCGAUGGCUCUGCAUAUUUAUGACAAGAAUGAUAGCGAACAUUAGUUAUCGGUCUUACAACUUGUGCAGAAUAGACAUGCUGCGAUGACAGUCGCUACCAGAAUUUCAGCUUGCCAUGCGUGGCAGUUUGUUGGUUUUCUGAACUAAGAUAUCAACUAGUCCAAAGAAGUUCGUCUGAAACACCUGGACGAAGCAUUUAAUUGACUGCAAAUCGAUCAACCUUUACCGAAAACUCCACGCAGGGACAGUGAUGGCGAACGAGCGCACCGCCCUGAUUGGCCAUGGAGUAUACAGUGUACAGAAUGAAUCAGAGAUGUCCGGCUCAGGGCAGCAGGGAAAUGGCUCUGUCCACACAAGUGGUCACAGCGCCACCCCCCGCAGCCUCAACACCUUCUUCGGUGUGAUAGUACCAACCGUGCUGUCCAUGUUCAGCAUCGUACUGUUCCUCAGAACCGGGUUUGUUGUUGGGCAUGCUGGGCUACUCCAGGGACUCCUCAUGCUGGCUGUGGCCUAUUUCAUCAUCUCUCUGACAAUACUGUCCAUUUGUGCCAUCUCCACCAAUGGGGCAGUGGAGGGGGGUGGGGCUUAUUAUAUGAUCAGUCGAUCCCUGGGACCAGAGUUUGGUGGUAGCAUUGGACUAAUGUUCUACCUGGCCAAGGUUUGCGCAUGUGGAGUCUAUGUUCUGGGACUGGUGGAAGCCAUACUGAACAUUUUUGGGCGGGACCCAGGCUCCUCGGUGUCGGAGGGGAUCCGGGUCCUGCCGCAGGGCUACUGGUACACAGUGCUAUAUGCGGCCGUGGUGCUGCAGCUCUGCCUGCUGGUCUGCCUGGUGGGCGCUCACAUGUACUCGCGCGCCUCCUUCCUCAUCCUGUUGGUGGUGACCGUGGCGCUGGUGUCCGUCCUGGUCAGCCCCCUGGCCGUGCGGCCUCGCGACUUCACCAUCAGCCACCAGUGUGGCGCCAACGGGACCUGCGUUUACAACACCACUUACACGGGCUUCAACUCCACCACUCUGAGAAGGAACCUUGGACCGGGAUAUUCUCUUGAUUACAGCACUAACACUGUCAUGUCCUUUGCCACUGUGUUUGCGGUCAUGUUUACCAGCUGCACAGGAAUCAUGGCUGGGGCAAACAUGUCAGGGGAACUGAAGAAUCCCAGUGUAGCAAUUCCAAAGGGCACUAUCAUUGCAGUUUUUUACACCUUCUGUGUGUAUGUGAUCCUCUUUAUCCUGGUCAGCUCCACAUGUGACAGGGUUCUGCUGAUCCAGGACUAUGGCUUCUUCCAGCGUAUCAACGUUUGGCCGCCCUUUGUCAUCAUCGGGGUGUACUGUGCCUCCCUGUCGGCUGCCAUGUGCUCCUUGAUUGGGGCCUCCCGAAUUCUGCACGCCCUUGCGCUGGACCAGCUCUUUGGAAUGCCGUUGGCACCAGCGGCCAUUACCUCCAAGUCGGGGAACCCAUGGGUGGCAGUUCUGUACACCUGGGCUCUAGUUCAGUGUGUGGUUUUUGCUGGGCAGCUGAACAUCAUUGCUGGCCUGGUCACAGUCUUCUACUUGCUGGCCUAUGCUGCUGUUGACCUGGCCUGCCUCGCACUUGAAUGGGCAUCGGCUCCCAACUUCAGGCCAACAUUCCAGUUCUUCUCCUGGCACACCUGUCUUUUGGGCAUCAUAAGCUGUUUGGUGAUGAUGUUUGUCAUCAACCCUUUCUACUCUUCUGCCAGCAUUGUGGUGCUACUGCUCCUGCUCCUCAUCCUCCACUACAGAUCCCCCACCAGCAGCUGGGGUUACAUCAGCCAAGCACUCAUCUUCCACCAGGUACGGAAAUACCUGCUGAUGCUGGACGUGCGGAAAGAGCAUGUGAAGUUCUGGCGGCCGCAGGUGUUGCUGAUGGUGGCUAACCCCCGCUCCUCCUGCCAGCUCAUCACCUUCAUCAACCAGCUGAAGAAGGGGGGGCUUUAUGUGCUGGGACAUGUGCAGCUGGGAGAUCUGGAUGUCUUACCGACGGAUCCCAUCCAGGCCCACUAUACCUUCUGGCUGAGUCUGGUGGAUAAGCUGGGGGUGAAGGCCUUUGUGGACCUGACUCUGUCUCCCUCUGUCAGACAGGGAACCCAACACCUGCUGCGAAUCACAGGACUGGGAGGCAUGAAGCCCAAUACCCUGGUUUUGGGUUUCUAUGACAACUCUGUCCCGGAGGAUUACUUCCUGCAGGACCCCGUGUUCUGUCCAGGAUCUAGGGCACAGUUGAGCGGCAGGGGGGGCAACGAUUUUGGGGUGGACCUGGCCUCCCUGCAAGCCCACUUCCCCCCGGUCCGGGGCACAGAGUGCCCGCGCUGCCUUUCCGCAGAGGAGUACGUGGGCAUCAUCUCUGAUGCCAUUAAAAUGGGCAAGAACGUCUGCCUGGGGCGCUACUUCUUCCAGCUGGAGGGGGAGUGGGCGGCGCCCAAAAGCGACGGGGCGGAGUGGACCGUUGACGUGUGGCCACUCAACCUGCUCCAGCCCGAGAGCGGCGGGUACGUGGACGUCUGCAGCCUCUUCCUGCUUCAGAUGGCCUGUGUUCUCAACAUGUCCCCCAGGUGGCGACGUGCGAGGCUCCGGAUCUUCCUGUGCGUGGAGGCUGCCUUGGGGGACCAAGGCUGGAUGGUGAAGGAGGAGACCCUGCGUGACCUACUGGGGAAACUGCGAAUCCGGGCUUCCAUAAAGAUAGUGCCGUGGGAUGCCGUGGUGAAGCUGCACAGAGGGGGGCAGGAGCCAUCAACCACCACGCCGGGGGUCGGAGAUUCGGGAGAGAUGCAACCGGACGACCGAGCAAGCCCGCCCUCCUCUGCCCUGGAGAGCUUCUUGUCGGGAGUGAAUGGACUGCUUAUGGAGCACAGUGCCCAAGCUGCUGUCCGUUUCCUGUAUUUGCCCUGCCCCCCUGCCGACUCCAGCCAAUCCCAGCAGUACCUGGCUCAACUGGAGGCCGUAACUCGUGACCUGGGUCCCACCCUCCUAAUCCAUGGUCUCACAAAAGUCACUUGUACUGAGCUGUGAAAAUGCUUGGCUGUGUGCACGUGUGAGUUGGAGAGAGGGAGAAAUGGAACCAAGCGGUUUAGCUUGUACUGUGUCGGUACAUUCCCCAUUAGCUGUAUACUGUACUAUUAUUGUUACACUCAGGGUUUUUCAGUUUUUUUACUAGCAAAGUAAGCUUUUAUGAUGCCACUUAUGAUAGCGUAGUUGCUAGGUUGCAAGUCAGGGUUCAUGCAGUGAACUUUUGAAUAUUAAAUGAACGUUAAAGAAUAUUUCCCUUGUGGCAUAACUACAUAUGCAAGAGGGUAAAAUAUUACUGUUUCCAGGGUCAAUGGUGAAUUAUCAAAUAAUAGAAAUGGUAAAGAAACAAAUGGUUCAGCAAAACAACAAAGCUAGUAUACACGCUAGUAAUAAGUAUCAUCAUCUAUGGAAGGCUAGCUAUUAACAUGAUUUUAUAACAAGCUGUUGUUUAAAUUAUAAAAAAAGGAGUGAAAAAGAACCUGAUGGUUAUUUGUUGCCUAACCAACUACCAGGAAUGUGCUUCCAGGAGUGCUAUGCCAAUUUCUCUGAAGUUUCAAAGACGGUGAUGUCGGUGAUGAGUUUCUCUGCGCUUUAGUUUUUUGCUUAAUCUAAUUACCGUACAACACUGAUAAUGGUAACAAAACAAAAACAUAGACUACACUGAAAUAUCCUUUAUUUCAGAGAAAUAUAAAUUAAUUGUAAGACAUUUCUCUAUUAUUUUCAUGUAUAGUUAAAAGAAGUGUCACCCUGUAAAGCUGUGACAGUUGAUGACAUAACCUCUGAGUCAUAGAUAUAUACCCACAUACAAACAAAAUAUAAGGGCUAUGUUUCACAAGUGUAACUGAAAUUUACUUGCAGGAUGCUGAUGUUACAGGAAAAAUUCCAGAUAAAGUUACUUAUGUAAAUGUUUUUUCAGCUGUAUGUGAUGAUAUUGAAGCUAUUUUUAUGGGAAAUGUGUAGAAUGUGCUUAUGAUCACAGUGUAACCUCAGGUGCAAUGUAGUUACUGGUUGUCAUUGUGUAUCUCUGCAUAUGUUUCACUGUAUACCUUUGAGAUGACGUAACUCAUCUUCCUUAUUUAGAGGACCAGCACUUUUUACCACAGUGCCAUAACCAUGGGUCUCCUGAUCCCGUAGUUAUUUUAAAGGCUUUAAAUUCAAAGUGACUGCCUGUUUCGGGUGAUUUAGUGAUUGGGUAAAACAGGAAAUUGUGGUCCACCUGUGAGAAAGGUUAAGUUAGGUCUGGACACAGUCAAUGCCAGGAUUUGUUUUUGCACAUUGCUGUUCUGCUGAAGAUAGUCAGGCAAAAAUAAAAUGCACUGCUUCACCAGAAACGGUAAACACCUCACUGAACUUGUCAUGGCUGGACUGUAACCAUUCUGCUAUAUCUGUGAGGGAUUUUGUGUUGGAAUUUCAUUACUCUAGAUCAGUGGUUCUUAACCUUGUUGGAGGCACCGAACCCCACCAGUUUCAUAUGCUCAUUCACCGAACCCUUCUUUAGUAAAAAAUAGUGUAAUAAUGCAGACUAGACUGAGGGGUGGACCUCUGCGGCGGAGGCUCCACCGAACCCCUGAGACCGACUCACCGAACCCCUAGGGUUCGACCGAACCCAGGUUAAGAACCACUGCUCUAGAUCAUGACCAAACUGCACAAACUAUCAUAUGCGCAAGUUGUCAUAUGUUAUAAAUUAUAAGUUAUACCCUACCAUGCUUUGUAUUUCCCACGAGGAAGCAUAAGCACAGUUAAACCAAUUUUUUUUUUCAAAUGAUAAUGUUGACCAAAUGGCAAUGUAUGCAGUUAUUGUCAGAAAAAAUGCAGUGUUUUAUUCAUCAUGUUUUUCAAAAUAAGUGUUUUAUUUUGUUUUUAUUUACUUGCUCUUUUCUAGUUUGCAUGUGAGUUAUGAGUAAGACCUAGAUAAGUAAACUUGCUUUUUCAUUCAUAAUAGUUUCCCUUCUUUAUUAAAAUGUCCCUUAAGAAUUCAGCAACACAAACAAAUAACAUUUUAGUUAUUUUAGAUACACUAUAUGACCAAAAGUAUAUGAACACCCCUUGAUCUGGGGCUGUUUUUCAUUGUUUGGGCUUGGCCCCUUAGUUCCAGUGAAGGCAAUUCUUAAUGGUACAGCGUACAACCACAUUCUAGGGAUUUCUGUGGCUCCCCAGCAGAUUGGAGAAGGCCCUUUUCUGUUUCAGCAUGGCAAUGGGGCACACAGCGAGGUCCAUAUAGAAAUGGUUUUGUUGAAAAAGCUGUGGAAGAACUGCACAGAGCCCUGACCUCAACCCCAUCCAACACCUUUGGGAUCAAUUGGAAAGCCAACUGCGAGCCAGGCCUAAUCGCCCAAUCAGUGAUCCCAAAUCCCUGCAGCAAUGCUCCAACAUCUAGUAUAAAGCCUACCCAGAAGAGUGUAGGUUGUUAGCAAAGAGUGGACCAACUCUAUAUUAAUGCCCAAAAUAUUUAAUAAAAUAUUGGAUGUCAGGUGUCCACAUACUUUUGGCCAUGUAGUGUAGUACGGUUACUAGGAUCACUUUUGGCCAUGUAGUGUAGUACGGUUACUAGGAUCACUUUUUCUGUCAAAUGAAAAUAAUUCAGAACCCAUUUUUUGUAAAGGAAAAAUAUAUGGACAUACCCGUCAGUUUUGUUUUUACAUGUAAAUAAAUCCAGCAGAAAACUGCUUUUA